UCUCUCUCAUGGCUUCUUCCUGUAGCUCGUUCUAAUGUGGGGCCCAAUCAUGGCGGAGCCAAUGCCCGAAUCAGAAGAGCGGGAUCCACCAGCAAAAUCGAUUCCACCCACGCCACCAUCCCCGCCGUCGCUACCUCGGCCAAUGGGGUCCCUCCUUCAACCAACCCAUAAGAAGAGACCCAAGUCAGUGAAGGUGUUCAGGCUCUUCCGGUCCGUCUUCCGGACGUUCCCUAUCUUCACGCCCGCAUGCAAGCUCCCGACCAUCACAGGUUCCGUGCCGGAGAACCGCCGCAACAUGUCAGGAACUCGAGUCACCGGCACCCUGUUCGGCUACCGCAAAGGGCGGGUGAGCCUGUCGAUGCAAGAGGCCCCAAAGUGCCUCCCGACUCUCGUCGUUGAGCUCGCCAUGCAGACCAACGUCCUCCAGAAGGAGAUGAGCUCUGGCAUGGUACGGAUUGCCCUCGAGUGCGAGAAGCGGUCAGAGAAAGACAAGAUGAAGCUCCUCGACGAGCCCAUGUGGACCAUGUACUGCAACGGGAAGAAGAGUGGUUAUGGAGUGAAAAGAGAGGCGACUGAGGAGGACCUCAGCGUCAUGGAGCUCCUCAAGCCGGUGUCCAUGGGUGCUGGUGUUCUUCCAGGGAAUUCCGAAUCCGAGGGCCCUGAGGGCGAGUUGGCGUAUAUGCGGGCCCAUUUUGAACGCGUUGUCGGGUCCAAAGACUCCGAGACACUCUACAUGCUUAGCCCGGACGGGAGCAACGGGCCUGAGCUCAGUAUCUUCUUUGUACGGCUGUAAGCAGGACGGUCAUUGGACUAUAAUUUUGUACGGCUGUGAGAGAUCAAUGGGCCAUUGGCGAUGGAAUGGCCCAGGGACAUCCUAGGCUGGUGUGAGUGAGAGGUGAAUGGUGGUACGUGCAUGGAAAUGUGAAAGGGUUUUGACAUGGCCCAGGGCAACAUUCCAUCAAGAGAGCUGAUCACCUUCAGGCAAGCUACCGCAACCUGUGGUAAUGUAUCAUCUUUCCUGCCAACAUGCCACUUGUGUAGAACAUCAGUGCCAUUAAAGAGGUGGGAUCCUCCAUGAAGGUCACAUGGUAAAAAAAUCAGGCUAGUCCGCUCAUCAGGUGGGCCUUGCCAUUGACAACUGACAGUUUGACUCAACAUACAAGCGUGGUGCACCUAGUGAUUGGAUCAUCCUGAUUUUCGAGAAAGGUUAUCUUCAUGAGCGUGGCCUAACACUUUCAUGGUACUGAUUUGCGAGAAAAGAGGCAUUUUGGAUGGAAAGAUGGUACAUAGAGGCAAGUUAUGGUACCAUUGCCUGUUGGAGAUCAGUCCAUCAAUCAAGUGUAGUUUAGAUAUUUAAAUUGAGAGCUUUUCUAUCCCCUUUUUGUUUUUGUUGUAUAUACGGUCUUAUUUCAACGAUCCAAGUAAAAGUAGGGACAUGUCUAAGAUCACAGUUUCAUGUUUGGUGUGGAUGC